AUGGAACGAUCAUUUGAUCAGAAUUCCCAUCCGCUUGAUCAGUUUAUUCUGAGUGACUAUCAAUAUACCAUAGAAAAGGUUUUCGGUCAGAAGCCAGAAGUGAACGAUGCUGAUGUAACUAUUACUGUCGAAGAAUAUUCUGAAGAUGAGGACACAGUUGUUGAUUUUGAGGAGACAAAGAAUGUGAUUGAUGUGGUCGAGUUCUCUCUUGAAGAUUGUGAUGAAGGAAAAUACGGACCAAUCGAUGUUGAAGAUGAUUAUGAUUAUAGUGAUAUAGACUUUGAUGAUGGUUUCAAGCUGAACGUGCGAGUUUACGUAAGCAACAACAACGACGGUGAAACACAUUCCGUCAACGAUAAUGAACUUUUUGAAAAGGAGAAGUAG